AUGUCUAUGCCAAGCCGAGCUAGUGCGAGAGCUCAGAGGAGCAGAUCACAGAUCGAAUAUUCUUUCCGUCCGAGUAACUUGUUUUCUGAUCCCUUUGCCAUAUCUUCAAUCUCAAUCUGCCUUCUUUCAUGGAUCAUAGCAUUUGUCGGCUGCAUCACUACAGCCUCUGGAAACCAGUCGUUCCCUCGAUUCACCUGGUGGGGGAUCGUGUAUGAACUGAUGAUACUCUGCAUGACGAUUACGUUCUACUGUUUCAAUGUAGUGGAUUACUAUAAGACGUUUUUGACGGGGGCCUUUGCCGUGGCGUUCAUUUACACAACCAAUAGCGCGACUAUAUUGGUGUACGGAGAUGGUUCGAAGAAGGCUGCGGCGUCAGCGGGAGUGAUUCUUUUGUCCAUUGUGAAUCUCAUCUGGAUAUUCUACUUUGGAAGCGAUAACGGCUCGCCCACCAAUAGAUGGAUCGAUUCGUUCUCUUUGAGAGGAAUUAGACCGUCACCGUACGAAGAUGCAUUUCUGAGGGCCAGACGCCGUUCGGUCGGAAGAGCUUUGCAGACUGGACCAAAGAGCAACAGAUACACUAGCGAUAACUUCUACCCAGAGAACCUGCCUCAGAACUAUGUCUCGUCGACGGCGUUGGCAGGGUUCGAGAAUACAGAUCCAACGUACAGUUCCAACGCGCAGGUUAAUAACGCAGACAACAAUGCCGGAAACACGUUCAUCACUGACUCCACGAAUGCGAAUACGGAUACAACUAUGAGCGGCACGCUCGAGCUGUACAGUGAUGCUGGGGAUGAAAGUUUUCCUUACACCGCUAAAACGCUAUACUCCUACCAGGCAGACGCUGGGGACGCUUACGAGAUAUCAUUUGAGCAGGGAGAGAUCCUCAAGGUCAGUGACAUCGAAGGCCGUUGGUGGAAGGCCAAGAGGGCCAACGGGGAAACAGGUAUUAUCCCCAGCAAUUACGUGCAAUUGGUUGAUAACGAUGUUCUGUAG